GCAUCAAGCCGUCAAUCGAGCGUUGAAUCAGCUGAAUUCCCAACGGUUUUAUUCCCCAUAUAUAAACACCAGAUCUUCAAUUUUCAAACUAUCGAUUACUCUUUCUGUUUUUGAGUUGAACUCUUAAUUCCUUUCCUUCAAAAACUCCUAAAUCCCCAAAUUGAUCUUUGUAACCCUAAUAAACUCCUCAAUCGAUUCUUUAACAGCUCGUAUUAAUCCAAGAAAAUCGGCAAACCCUGUGCGUUUCAAUGCCUCUUGGACGCGCCAUAGAAUCAUGCAGGCUGCAGCUUCGCAGCUGGCGCCCCUUCGGCAAAGCCCUAGGCUCCGAUUCAGCCGAAUCGCGCGGCGCUGCCAACAAGCGCAUCUGCCGCGACGAUCGCAGGACGUCGUUCCCCUUCAGUUCUGUCCUGGACAUGUCGAAGCUCUGCUUCUUCGACGACGAUAAACCCCCCGCGUUCCCCGCCGCGCACGGGAGGAGCUUCGCACGCAAGCGCCGCCGGCGCGGAGGGUCCAGAUCGGUUUCUAGCCGGAGCUCCGAUCGGAGGUACCGCUAUGUGGGCGUGUCGACGGCGAAUGUGACUUGCUCCGAUUUUCCAAUGACGGCUGAGAGUACUGAUUCGAGCGGGGAGCUGUUUUCAGAGGCACGCUGGGUGUCGGAUGCGAGUGAGAGGAAUUUGAGAAGAGACAAGGAAGGGAAUGGGGGUGGGGAGAGGGAGUUUGUGAUUUCUGGUUAUGGGCUGGUUAGUAAUUGUGAUAUUGAGGGGAAUGAAUCUGGUUAUGGAAGUGAUUCGGGCUAUAAAGGAGAUGUGGAGCUUGAAUAUGGCGACGAGCUUGAUGUGGAAGAGGAUGACGGACGGUCCCUGUUUUGGGGCGAUGAAUGUGGAGAGAAUACUUCACAAUUGGAAAUGGUCGGUGGAAAUCUCUGCAAAAAAGGCCACCACCGCUGCCGGCGUAAGAAGCAAGAUCUGAGAAUGACUUGAUGCGUAAAUGCACAACUUUAUCUAAUACAUUUGAGCCCUCGUUAGGUGAUAUAGAUUCACUCUCGAUAGGCUGACGUCCAUUUCCUUAUCUUGAAUCAUAUGCUCAUAGCUGAUUACAACCCUUUUUUGCUUUUGUAUAUCUCUCUGAUAGAGUUCAAAUUAUACCAAUUUUCCCCCAUCUACACAAAAGUGAGGCUGCAGUUUAGUUUUUGCAUGCAUUUCUCAGUGUCAUUUUACAUAACUAUUACUACUGCAAAAACAAAGAGAUGGAAGGCAGUCAAAUGAGAAAAGGCACUGAUAGGAAAGAAGCAUUAACCUAGGUUUAGGGUCUAGAAAGGAAGGCAUAUUAGAAAAAGGAAGGCAUAUUAGAAUGGCAUUCUUGAUCUGUGAUAAUGUAAUGCUAGUCUUCUGGAACUAUAUCUCCAAGGAAAAUGUACUUCCUUUUUUUUAGUUCAAAGAUCAUCCCUUUGUAAAGAUAACUGCUGCAGCUUUUCCCCUAGUCAAUAGUGGUUCCUUAGCUUUUGCCCAUCAAGAUGUGAAGAGUAAACACAUAUAUGCCAUGACAUUCAUUUUGGAAUGCUGAUUCUUUAAUUUUUUUUUAUUUUUUGUUUAUCACAAUGCUGUGAUUGCAAUUGAGGAAUUUUUGGCGCAUUAAUAUUAUGUUACUUGAUAGAGGUUACUGAUUUGAGGAAAGUACUUAAGUACAGACUCAGAUAAUAAAUUGUAAAUAUAAAAAUUUAUUGUCUA